AUGGAAGCAUCAGCAGAAGUGAAAAAUGCUCCCUCGAGGCAUUACUUUUAUAGAAAGGCCUCUCAGCCUGAUCAUAACAAUGCGUUUAUUGCCAACAAAAACAAUGACAACAGCUCUACUGCCUUUGAAGAUCGAAUAAACAUGUUCGUUCAUAAGACAUCAGUCAGGGCGAGAUUUGAAAAGAUAAGUAAUGAAGCUACGCAGGAUUUACUUAGACGUAAAGCAGACAGAAAAGCGCGGAAAGAAAAAGAAGAGUUGGCUGCUCGUGGAAACAACCUUUUUAAGAGCACUAGUGACGCCAACAGAGAAACGUCUAAUGGCCGUCGUUUAACUUCUGUAAAGCUGCCCGAUACUGCAGCAAGUGAACACUCGCAUUUACAGCCUAUGGCUCCAGAUGGUGAUACAGAGAGAGAGAUUUUCACAAAACUUAGCACUUUAACACCAGCCCAACAGAAUUCUUGGUUAGCGAAUAUACACGACGACGCCAUGUUGAUGAAUCCUCACCAAUGGUUAAAGCUAGCUAGUUUGUUCAAUGUUAAUUCUAAAGCAGCUAGAAUGCAAACGUUUUUGGAUCUCGAAAGUACAGACGCUGUAUUAGAGGACCGUGGCAUUUCGAAAGAAGAUAUCAAACCUUUAGAGAAUUUUAUGGAAUUACGAGAUAUACAAAAUAGAAAUUAUGCUCGCGAUGCUGUCGCAGAAGGUGUCAAGUGUUAUAAAGAACACAGAAUUAAGGAAGCAAUGGAAUUUUAUAAACGAGCAUUAGAUAUGGAUCCUAAAUAUGCAAACGGAUGGUUUCACGUUGCUGAAGGUCUCCUUCAACAGAAAAGGCUAGCUGAUGCGGAAGAGCAUUUGGAACGCGCUUUAAAAUAUGAUCCUACUCAUGAGGAAGCAAAGGCUCUACUGGCUAGUCUUCAACGGAAAACAAAACCAAAAAAACAAGAUGAAUGGGAUUUAGUGGAUGACUACGGUGAGCCCAUCAGUCAAAAAAUAGAGGAAGAUAAAAAAUCACAUACACAGAGCCGAGACUCUUCGCCAGAUGACAAUAAAUCGAUAUCAAAAACAAAAGCAAAAUCAAAAUCAAAAUCAAAAUCAAAAUCAAAAUCAAAAUCAAAAUCAAAAUCAAGAUCAAGAUCAAGAUCAAGGUCAAGGUCAAGGUCAAGGUCAAGGUCAAGGUCAAGGUCGAGAGAUAGAAGGCGAAAAUUAUCACAAAGAUCACGGUCUCCCGGUACUUACAGAGACAAAAGAGAUAGCCGUCGAAAACGUCGUAGCUCAACUGAUAGAUCGACGUCUAGAAGAAGGGAGAGGUCAAGCAGUAGACAUCGUGAAUCCUCAAGACAUACCAGAAGACGACGAAGACGUGCCGAAAGUAGAGAGGAGAAACGUUCUGAACGUUCUAGAAGACACAGACAUAGAGAUGAUAAUUAUGAUAGGACAGCUGAUAGAAGGAGAAGAAGAAGUAGAUCGAGGGAAGAUGAGAAGCACUCAGCAAGAAAAAGGAGUCGAUCUAGAGGAAGGGAUGAUACAUCGCAUAAAAGUUACCGUUCAAAAGACGAGGUUGAAGAUACCUCAAGCCGGAAACAUCGCCACAGAGAGACUAAAGAGGACGACAGAAGUUCGCGCCGCUCAAAAAAUGACAACGAUAAAGACACAACUACAAGACUUAGAUCCAGGGACGAUGAAGUUGGAAAUGACAGAAAGAGGCGAGGAUCCAAGGAUGCUACAAAAAGUCCUAUCAAACGAGAUAGACAGGCUGAUGAAGAGGAGCCAUCGUCAAAACGACGUAGGCUUAGAGACAAUGAUGACCGCUCUAAACGAAGAGAUAGAUCAAAAGAAGAUACCCAAGGCUCCACUAGGCGACAUGAUUCUCGCGAAGCAAACCAGCGCAGUUCAAGAAAAAGCGAUAUUUCUCUUGAUAAAGAGAAUGACAAAGGACGCUCAAGAAAUGAUAAUGAUAGCAAGUGA